AUGACUGCGAGUUCGAAGAACGAAACAAAUGGAGCCAAUGGCAAGGCGAAUAACUUGAAAACGAACCGUGCCAAGCUCAUUGUGGAUGCUGCGUUCGAGGGAGGAUACGCAAUCCCGGCCGUCUGUUGCUACAACCUCGAGGCUGUAGUGGCUACAGUUCGAGCAGCCGAAGCCAAGCGCUCGCCAGCACUCAUACAGCUCUUUCCAUGGUCAAUUGAAUACGCAGAUGGACUACUUUUGCACGCAGCGGCUGAGGCCGCGGAUAAGGCGACUGUGCCAAUCGGAGUGCACAUGGACCACGCGCAAGACCCUGAUAUCAUCCGGCGAGCAGCAGACUUGGGCGGAUUUGACGGCAUUAUGGUAGACAUGAGCCACUACGAGCGUGAAGAGAACAUGCGCCUGAGCAAAGAGCUAGUUGAAUACUGCAAUGCUCGCGGUAUUAUUACCGAGUGCGAGCCGGGUCGCAUCAAUGGCACCGAAGAUGGCAUCCAGGACACAGAGGACUUGGAGGAGAUUUUGACAACGCCAGAGCAAGCCGAAGAGUUUGUUGCUCUUGGGAUUGAUUGGCUCGCGCCAGCUUUUGGAAACGUCCAUGGCGCAUAUGGACCCAAAGGACCUCAACUCGACUUCCCACGACUGGAGCGCAUUGCCGCUCGUGUAGGCUCACGAGUGCGGUUGGUUCUACACGGUGCACACGAGAAAUACUUUCAGGCCGAACUGCUCGCCAAAUGCAUCUCCUACGGCAUGGCUAAGGUGAACAUUAACGGGCCAGUGGCUGCGGCUUAUAUGGAAGUCGGUGCUAGGUUGACAGGCAAGGAGGGGCUGACAACGGUUAUGGAGGAGCAGACAAAAGCCAUGCAACAAGUGAUCGAAGACCAUAUGGACUGGCUCAAGUCAGCCGGCAAGGCGUGA